CCAACAGAAACCUUGAAAACCACCCAUCUAUCUUUGAACUAAUUCAUCAUGUCAACUGCCAUUUCCUUUCCCACCAUAAAACCAACUCAUAUCUUCCAAGACAUUCUUGUAAGUUCUUACUCAAGAAGAUUACUACUAGAUCAAUCACCAAGUCCGGCACCGUCCCCAUAUGCAGCUGAUAACAACUUUGAUGCAAAUGUUGUUAUGGUCCUAUCAGUCCUCUUAUGUGCACUCGUUUGCUCACUUGGACUCAAUUCUAUAAUAAGAUGUGCCUUGAGGUGCUCCAGUUUAGUACCAUCCGAAGCGGGUGGCAACCACGCAGCUCGCUUGACCAACACAGGUGUCAAACGAAAAGCCUUGAAGAGUUUCCAGACAGUAAGUUACUCUAGUGAUUUGAAUCUGCCUGGCCUAGAUACCGAGUGUGCCAUAUGUCUCUCGGAGUUUGUAUCCGAAGAGCGUGUGAAGCUGCUUCCGACAUGCCACCACGGAUUCCAUGUCCGGUGUAUAGACAAGUGGCUCAGUUCUCACUCGUCCUGUCCCACCUGCAGGCACUGCCUCAUCGAGACCUGCAAGAAGAUCGCCGACUGCAGCCAAACAAGCUCGUCAAACCCUACUCAACAACCUCAAGACAGCAUCAUCGUGCAAAUAGCACCACUAGAACCGGAAAGAUGGAUAAGGUGUUUUAGGUGAGCUAGUAAAUUAUAUAUAGUAGCAGUUAAGUUCAAAACCGGAUUAAACUACUAUGUAUUUAGAAUUUAGUCGAGAUCACAAGCGGUCCACAUUUGAAAACAAGUUUAGCAUUUUCACUCUAAAGUUGUAUAUAUUACGAGAAAAUGUCACUUUCUUCGUA